AUGCAGGCCCCCGGGAAUGCCUCUUCCGUGGCCGGGCUGGGGUCCAGCCCCCAGCACCGUGCCCCCGCGGUUAAACCCCUGCCGCCGCGCCCGGCUCCCGGGGGCGGGGUGGGGGACGGUGGACGCGAGGCACGUGGCUCGGGGUCCAGGCGGGGCGGCCCCCUGGCCCCCGACGACCCCGACGCCCCCGCUGCGGACCCCGGCCCCAACUCGGGGCCGGGCUCGCCGCGCGGGGGCACCGCCGUCAUCCUGGACAUUUUCCGCCGGGCCGACAAAAAUGACGAUGGGAAGUUGUCCUUGGAGGAGUUCCAGCUCUUCUUUGCAGAUGGUGUCCUCAACGAGAAAGAACUGGAGGACCUCUUCCACACGAUCGACUCCGACAACACCAACCACGUGGACACCAAGGAGCUGUGCGAUUACUUUGUGGACCACAUGGGGGAUUAUGAGGACGUCUUGGCCUCCUUGGAGACCUUGAAUCACUCUGUCCUCAAGGCCAUGGGCUAUACCAAGAAGGUGUACGAGGGCGGGAGCCACGUGGACCAGUUUGUGACACGCUUUCUUCUGAAGGAGACGGCCAAUCAGAUCCAGUCGCUGCUGAGCUCUGUGGAGAGCGCGGUGGAGGCCAUCGAGGAGCAGACCAGCCAGAUCCGACAGAACCACAGCAAACCCAGCCACGGCGGAGUGGAGACCUGGUCUGGAAGUGCCGCGCCCCCCCAUGCCCCCAACCCCAAGCUGGGGGCCACGGAACAAGGGAAGAUUCUUCCAUCCGUCGCUGUGGACCCCAAGGAGGAGGGCCUGGAAGCCCAGAUCAGCCGCUUGGCAGAGCUCAUAGGACGGCUGGAAAGUAAGGCCCUCUGGUUUGACCUUCAGCAGCGCCUCGCAGAUGAGGAAGGUACCAACAUGCACCUGCAGCUGGUCCGGCAGGAGAUGGCCGUGUGCCCCGAGCAGCUGAGCGAGUUCGUGGACUCCCUGCGCCAGUACGUGCGGGGCACCGCCGGGGCCGGGAACUGCUUCCACAUCGCUGCCGUGAGGUUGGCGGAUGGCUUCACCUUCGUGGUCUACGAGUUCUGGGAGACGGAGGAAGAGUGGAGGAGGCACCUGCAGAGCCCCGUGUGCAAGGCGUUCCGGCACGUCAAGGUGGACACACUGAGUCAGCCAGAGGCCCUCUCCAGGAUCUUGGUGCCAGCUGCUUGGUGUACUGUGGGCCGCGACUGACCACCUCCCUGAGGCCUUUGGAUCAACCUGCCAACCUGCCCACUCUUUUCUAGAAACUUUGGUAUACAAGCUGUCUUUUCAAUAUACUUCCAGACAAGAAUGUAUUUUCCCUGUUUGAAGUGAAGGAGCAGCCCCUUCCCCUGGCCUUUCCCUGACACCCCACCCUUAGUGGCAGAACAGUGUCAGAGCUGCUGAAGCCGAGGGUCAGCAGGCACAGGGAGGCUUCCUGGAACCAACACCCUCCCCCCCAGCCCAGUGGCCACGCAUGGACCCUCUCCCCCCCCCACCCUCAGCAGGACUGGCCCCUCUGCUGGCCACUGCCUCAUGGGCCUGGGGGACAUUCCUCUCCCUGGUAGGAGCCGAGACCUUGUAGUGCCCAACCUCGGCCUGGGCCCCACCGCACAUGACCGUAGAGCCCACGUAGCCAGUGUCCUGCUUGGCAGUCAGGCACCAAUAAACUCUGGU